UCAUUUUUAAAUUUGUAAUCAGUACGUUUUUUUUAACACCCUGUCCCCAUGUAUGCACAAAAAAGAUGAAAUGGAGCUAGAUGUCUUGGUCUUUGGUUCAUCAAAUAUUGAUUAUAUUAGCUAUGUCAAUGAACUGCCCAGAUCGGGAGAAACUGUUUUUGCCGUGCAUCGUGAGUGUUGUUAUGGGGGCAAGGGGGCUAAUCAGUGUGUGGCUGCUGCAAAAUUAGGUGCCAGAUGCGCUCUAAUCUCAAAACUGGGCAACGAUAAGUUAGGCGCACAAUACUUAGAAUACUUGAAAGAAUUGGAUAUCAAUGUAGAUCAUGUUCAAAUAGUUGAUGGCCAGUGCACUGGCCUAACUGAGAUCAAUGUGGCUGAAAAUGCUCGAAAUAUGAACAUUGUACUAUCUGGCGCGAAUAUGAUGCUAAAGUGCACCGAUGUUUUGAACGCCAGAAAAUUGUUCAGGCAUGCUAAAGUUCUACUUUGCCAACUGGAAACAGACGAGAGGAUUGUCCUCUUCGCGUUACAUCAAUUCAAGGGAGUGUCUAUAUUAAAUGUCUCGCCAGCCCACCCAGACAUGAAUUUGGAACUGAUCAGAGCACCAACGAUUCUAUGCUGUAAUAGAUUAGAGGCGGCGCAGCUAACCAAUCGUGAGCAGAUCGACACAUUGCAGGAUGCCAAAGCAGCGGCUACUGAUCUGAUUGAGAUGGGUGCCAAUAGUGUGAUCAUUACCAUGGGCGACAGGGGUGCCGUUUACAUGUCGAGGAGUGAACCGGAUUUGUGCACCUAUGUCCCCGCACCACGCGUCCACUGUUUGACGGAUACUUCGGGUGCGUCCGAUGCUUUUCUGGGCAGCUUGGCUUAUCACAUAUCAAUCUAUCCCAAUUUGAUGCGAGAGAGUCACAUUAGUGCUGCCAAUAUUUGUGCCGCACAUGCUGUUGGCCAUCGCGGCACCCAACCCAGCUUUCCGGGCCCGGAACUGUUUCAGGAACGUCUAUGCCAGUACGAUCCAUUAUACUUCAUUAUUGAGGAUGAAGCUGCAGUGUCAGAAGCCGAGGCUAAAGCAACUGAAACUCUGGUGGAGUGUGAGUGUGUUUGUGAUGUACCAAUGACAAUGGCAACGCCAGAGCCAAUGCCAGUGCCUGAGCCAACGAGAGCGCCUAUAAUAGUUCCAGUAGCAAUACCAGAGCCAGAGCCAGAGCCAGAGCACGAGCCAAUAGCAGUUGCGGAGCCAAAAACGAUGCCAGUACCGGCAAAAGAGCCAGAAGCUGAGGAGCCAAAGGUUCAGCCUGCGCGAAGAAGCCUGCCACUGCCACUUGGUAUGCCGCGAAAGUCGAAGCAAGAAAGUUGUGAUUCUGGCAGUGACUUAUCUGGACGGUUAAAAAAAGAGAAAGCAUUGCAAAAGGAGGAUCAUUCCGAUGAAGAAGGUGAUAAACGUACGAAAAAAUCUAAGGCACAAGGCAGGAGAGGCUCAAAGAUUGCACCGGUGCCAAUAGCUGCACCAGUGCCCAUAGGAUUCCCGCGAAAAUCGAAGCAAGAAACUUGUGAUUCUGUGAGCGAGUUAUCUGGACACGUAUCUAGAAAGAGAAAGUAUCAUAUCAGCGAUGAUGAAGGUGACCGACAUGUAACAACCCGCACUUCUAAUAAGCCCAUGGUGCUGGGUACUAAGGAAACGAAGUCCAGAAAACCGCCAGUGGUAGCACCUAUACCUCUGCCAAUUUGUGUCCCAAAAGCCAAGACAGAAAAAAAGCCAGCAGAACCAUGUGAGUCAGGUAGUGACAUAUCUGGGAAGAAGAAAACGCGGAAAAUAUAUCACUCCACCGAUGAUGAAGACGAGAUAGGUGCAAAAGCCCCCAGGACUAAGACAUCCAAGAGAGAAUGCUGCAAAUGGUUUUCGCCAGUAGCAGCGCCUGUACCACUGGCAACAUGUGAUUCAGGAAGUGACCUCUCUAGAGAGAAGAAAGCUCGAAAAGCGUAUAUUUCCUCGGAUGAUGAACGCGAGGGACAAAUGACAAGCCCCACAGUUAACAAACCCUUGGUGAUAGGCAAUAAAGAGACAAAGUCUGUGCCAGUGGCAGCACCUUUACCUCUGCCAGUAUGUACGCCACAGCCCAAGGCCGCAAAAAAACCUGUUGAACCAUGCGAUUCGGGGAGCGACGUAUCUAGAACGAAGAAAAUGCGAAAAUUGUAUCAUUCAACCGAUGAUGAAGACUACGAUGUUGCGACAAGCAGUAGAGCAAAGAAAUCCAGGGGAGAAUGUUGCAAAUGGUUUGCGCCAGUAGCAGCGCCUGUACCACUGCCAACAUGUGAUUCGGGCAGUGACCUAUCUAGAGAGAAGAAAGCGCGAAAAGCGUAUUUUUCCUCGGAUGAUGAAGGCGAAGGACAGGUGACAAGCCCCACAGCUAAUAAGCCUAUGGUACUCGGCAAUAAAGAGGGAAAGUUUGUGCCAGUGGCAGCGCCAUUGCCUCUGCCAAUAUGUGCGCCAGAACCGAAAGCCGCAAAGAAGCCUAGGGAACCAUGCGAUUCGGGUAGCGAGGUAUCUGGACCAAUAUCUAGAAAGCGGAGAGGAUAUCAUUCUACCGAUGAUGAAGGUGAAAGACAAAUGACAAGCCCCAUGGCUAAUAAGCCGAUGGUAUUAGGCAGUAAAGAGGAAAAGGGUCCUCAAGAGCGGAAGGUUACACCGGUAGUAGCACCCAUACCUCUACCGAUAUGUGUACCAACAUGCAAGACACGAAGAAAGUCAGUGCAAGCACGUGCUUCGGAGAAGAAACUGCCAAAAUUACCUCCACCUAUCGCUGCUGAAGUCGUCAAAACUCCUAAAGAACCCAGUGCUAAGAAACCCAAGGGAGAAUGCUGCAAGUGGCCAAAGUUUGCGCCUCUUUUAGCGCCUGUACCAGUGGCAACAUGUGAUUCGGGAAGUGACCUAUCGAGAGAGAAGAAAACGCGAAAAAUACAUUAUUCCACGGAUGAUGAAGGCGCAGGACAGGUGACAAGCCCCACAGCUAAUAAGCCUAUGGUACUCGGCAAUAAAGAGGCAAAGUCUGGGCCAGUGGCAGCACCUUUACCUCUGCCAGUAUGUGCGCCACAGCCCAAGGCCGCAAAAAAACCUGUUGAGCCAUGCGAUUCGGGGAGCGACGUAUCUAGAACGAAGAAAAUGCGAAAAUUGUAUCAUUCAACCGAUGAUGAAGACUACGAUGUUGCGACAAGCAGUAGGGCAAAGAAAUCCAGGGGAGAAUGUUGCAAAUGGUUUGCGCCAGUAGCAGCGCCUGUACCACUGCCAACAUGUGAUUCGGGUAGUGACCUCUCUAGAGAGAAGAAAACGCGGAAAGCAUAUAUUUCCUCGGAUGAUGAAGGCGAACGACAUCUAACAAGCCCCUCUGCUAAUAAGCCCAUGGUAUUAGGCAAUAUAGAUGCUAAGGCACCGCCAGUUUUAAUACCUCUGCCGGUAUGCGAUGCAACUUGCAAGACUCCAAAGCGGUCAGUGGAGCCAUGUGAUUCGGGGAGUGACGUAUCUAGGGAGAAGAAAACGCGAAAGGUGUAUCACUCCACCGAUGAUGAAGACGUGGAAGGUAUCAGAAUUAAGAAACCCAAGUUUAGUUGUUGCAAAUGGUUUGCGCCAGUAGCAGCGCCUGUACCACUGCCAACAUGUGAUUCGGGUAGUGACCUCUCUAGAGAGAAGAAAACGCGGAAAGCAUAUAUUUCCUCGGAUGAUGAAGGCGAACGACAUCUAACAAGCCCCACUGCUAAUAAACCCAUGGUGCUGGGGGAUAGAGACGCAAAGCCGCCGCCACUUUGCAUACCUCUACCGAUAUGUGUACCAACAUGCAAGACCCGAAAAAGGUCGGUGCAAGCACCUGAGUCGGAGAUGAGAGCCCCAAAAUUGCCUCCACCUUCUCCAUUCCCUGCUGAAGUAGUCAAAGGUACUAUGGAACCCAGGGUCAAGAAACCCAAAGGACAAUGCUGCAAAUGGUUUGCGCCAGUAGCAGCGCCUGUACCACUGCCAACAUGUGAUUCGGGCAGUGACCUCUCUAGAGAGAAGAAAACGCGGAAAGCAUAUAUUUCCUCGGAUGAUGAAGGCGAAAGACACCUGGCAAGCCCCACAGCUAAUAAACCCUUGGUGCUUGGAAAUAUAGAUGCAAAGGCACCACCAGUAAUACCUCUACCGAUAUGUGUACCAACUUGCCGUAUUCCAAAAAAGUCUGUGGAGCCAUGUGAUUCGGGGAGUGACGUAUCUAGGGAGAAAAAAACGCGAAAGGUGUAUCACUCCACCGAUGAUGAAGACGUGGAAGGUAUCAGAAUUAAGAAACCCAAGUUUAGUUGUUGCAAAUGGUUUGCGCCAGUAGCAGCGCCUGUACCACUGCCAACAUGUGAUUCGGGUAGUGACCUCUCUAGAGAGAAGAAAACGCGGAAAGCAUAUAUUUCCUCGGAUGAUGAAGGCGAACGACAUCUAACAAGCCCCUCUGCUAAUAAGCCCAUGGUAUUAGGCAAUAUAGAUGCUAAGGCACCGCCAGUUUUAAUACCUCUGCCGGUAUGCGAUGCAACUUGCAAGACUCCAAAGCGGUCAGUGGAGCCAUGUGAUUCGGGGAGUGACGUAUCUAGGGAGAAGAAAACGCGAAAGGUGUAUCACUCCACCGAUGAUGAAGACGUGGAAGGUAUCAGAAUUAAGAAACCCAAGUUUAGUUGUUGCAAAUGGUUUGCGCCAGUAGCAGCGCCUGUACCACUGCCAACAUGUGAUUCGGGUAGUGACCUCUCUAGAGAGAAGAAAACGCGGAAAGCAUAUAUUUCCUCGGAUGAUGAAGGCGAACGACAUCUAACAAGCCCCACUGCUAAUAAACCCAUGGUGCUGGGGGAUAGAGACGCAAAGCCGCCGCCACUUUGCAUACCUCUACCGAUAUGUGUACCAACAUGCAAGACCCGAAAAAGGUCGGUGCAAGCACCUGAGUCGGAGAUGAGAGCCCCAAAAUUGCCUCCACCUUCUCCAUUCCCUGCUGAAGUAGUCAAAGGUACUAUGGAACCCAGGGUCAAGAAACCCAAAGGACAAUGCUGCAAAUGGUUUGCGCCAGUAGCAGCGCCUGUACCACUGCCAACAUGUGAUUCGGGCAGUGACCUCUCCAGAGAGAAGAAAACGCGGAAAGCAUAUAUUUCAUCGGAUGAUGAAGGCGGAAGACAUCUAACAAGCCCCUCUGCUAAUAAGCCCAUGGUGUUAGGCAAUAUAGAUGCUAAGGCACCGCCAGUUUUAAUACCUCUGCCGGUAUGCGAUGAAACUUGCAAGAUUCCAAAGAGGUCAGUGGAGCCAUGUGAUUCGGGGAGUGACGUAUCUAGGGAGAAAAAAACGCGAAAGGUGUAUCACUCCACCGAUGAUGAAGACGUGGAAGGUAUCAGAAUUAAGAAACCCAAGUUUAGUUGUUGCAAAUGGUUUGCGCCAGUAGCAGCGCCUGUACCACUGCCAACAUGUGAUUCGGGCAGUGACCUCUCUAGAGAGAAGAAAACGCGGAAAGCAUAUAUUUCAUCGGAUGAUGAAGGCGGAAGACAUCUAACAAGCCCCUCUGCUAAUAAGCCCAUGGUGUUAGGCAAUAUAGAUGCUAAGGCACCGCCAGUUUUAAUACCUCUGCCGGUAUGCGAUGCAACUUGCAAGAUUCCUAAGAGGUCAGUGGAACCAUGUGAUUCGGGGAGUGACGUAUCUAGAACGAAGAAAAUUCGAAAAUUGUAUCAUUCCACAGAUGAUGAAGAUUACGAAGCUGCAACAAGCACCAGGCCUAAGAAAUGCAAGUUAAAUUGCUGCAAAUGGUUUGCGCCAGUAGCAGCGCCUGUACCACUGCCAACAUGUGAUUCUGGGAGCGACAUCUCUAGAGAGAAGAAAACGCGGAAAGUAUAUCUUUCCUCGGAUGAUGAAGGCGAACGACAUUUAGCAAGUCCCACGGCUAAUAAACCCAUGGUGCUAGGCAAUAUAGACGCUAAAGCACCGCCCGUUUUAAUACCUCUGCCAGUAUGCGAUGCCGCUUGCAAGAUUCCAAAGAGGUCGGUGGAACCAUGUGAUUCGGGGAGUGACUUACCCGAACCAGUAUCUAGAAAGAUAAAUUAUUCCACCGAUGAUGAAGACUACGAUGGUCCAAUGGUAACUAAUAAAUUCAAAGGAUGUUGUGCUAUGAAAACAAGACCCCCGAUAAUUUGUGAUUCGGGGAGUGACGUAUCUGGUCCGGUACCUAGAAAGAUACCGUGUUCCAGCGAGAAUGAGGAAGAUGAGAUUAUAGUUGCACCUGUUGCUAGGAAAUCUAAAAUCAGUUGCGCUAGUUGCCACAGUUGUAACAGAAUCCGAGGCCGCGGUGAGGGUCGGCCGUGCAAAAGAAAAGGAUGAUGAUGAUGGUAGGAAUACCACCACGAAUAACAGCUACAAUCAGUCAAUAUUUUUACCAAUGGCAAUUGUGAUAACACUGUGGACAGCUUUGCCAAAAGCAAAGACCGUGCGAUUGUGGAAGCAACAAACGCUUGAUUCUGAUAGUAUCUUAUCUGGACCUGUAUUUGAAGCAAGCAAGUAAAUGGAAGAUAAACAUAUGAGAAGUCCCUCGGCUAAGAAACCCAUGGUACAUGGUAGCACCCAACAGAAGGCAAUAGCUUCUUGGCUUUCGCUGUGGACAUCAAUAGCACAAAUUUAGGUUUUCACAUAUGUCUACAACCAUUUUUACAUUUUUCUUUUACAUUUUGAUUCCUGUAUUUGAUCGCAUAGACCAGAUGAAUGGGCUUAUAAUUAAAUUGGACAUUUACCAAAAAUGUAUCUAACGUUUUAA